AUGGCGGUGGGUCCGCUUCGACGGCGCUGUGAUGCAUACUCGAUCGAAGUCACGACAGCCGCGCUGAAGACUUGCCGAGAACCAUCACGUCGACACGGUCGUCGCGAUCGGCGGCGGUUCGGCAACCGGGUUGUCCCAGGCGCUGGCACCACGAGCGGGGUUCGAUCAGGAUCGUCGUUCCGACAACAGAACGGACGCAAGACAACUCGCUCCUCUCCCCACAUCAGACCGGAAACCGUCAUCUACGACGUCGACCUCACUCUCGAUCUGCCGCUGGAUACCACCGUCACCAGCGCCGUCAAUGCGAUGGCGCAUGCGGUUGAAGCGUUGUACUCCACCGAGUCCAACCCGAUCACGGACUUGAUGGCGAUCGAGGGCGAUCUCGGGAUCGCCCGGCCGAACUACUGCAAAGCAGCCUGGUUGGCCGGAACCUGCUUGGGCACGGUCGGUAUGGGGCUUCAUCACAAGUUGUGCCACACCCUCGGUGGCAGCUUCGGUUUGCCGCAUGCUCCCGCACCCACACCGUUGUCACUCCCCACGCGAUGGCAUUCCAACGCGCCUGCUGUCCCGGAUGUGAUGUCGCGAAUAGCGACUGCUCUGGGCGCAUCCGAUGCCGCUACCGGCGUUUUCGACCUCGUCACCGCGUGCGGCGGACCGACCACUCUGCGAGAACUGGGAAUGAGUCACGAUCAAAUCGAAAAUGCAGUCGAACUCAGCCACCUCCGCCGCGUAUCCGAACCCGCG